AUGGAUGAGAGAAGUGAUAAUAUCGGAGGAGAAAAAAUGGAUGAAGUGAUCCUUCCAGGGUUUCGUUUUCAUCCAACUGAUGAGGAGCUGGUAGGGUUUUACCUCAAGAGGAAGGUUCAGCAGAGGCCUCUCUCUAUCGAGCUUAUCAAGCAACUUGACAUCUAUAAAUUUGACCCCUGGGAUCUUCCAAAGUUGGCAGCGUCUGGGGAGAAGGAAUGGUAUUUCUACUGUCCAAGGGAUAGAAAAUAUAGGAACAGCACAAGGCCAAACCGGGUUACCGGAGCCGGUUUCUGGAAAGCUACGGGAACCGACCGGCCCAUCUACUCAUCCGAAGGUGCGUGUAGUUCCUCCAAGUGCAUUGGGUUGAAGAAGUCACUUGUUUUCUACAAAGGUAGAGCUGCCAAAGGGGUGAAAACUGACUGGAUGAUGCAUGAGUUUCGCUUACCUUCUCUCACAGAUUCACUCCCACCAAAGAGAUCAUCAUCGUUCAUGGACAAAACCAUUCCUGCAAAUGAUUCAUGGGCAAUAUGCAGGAUAUUCAAGAAAACAAAUUCAAGUAAUGCUCACCAAAGAGCCCUUUCUCAUCACUCUUGGGUGUCUGCCUUGCCUGAAACAAACACAUUUGGUGAUCAUAUGCUAGGCUCCAAAGGUGCACACAAUGCUACUCAUCAUCAUCAUGAGUUUAGUUCAGAGAGCAUGUCAAUACUGACAUCGAAAAUCAACUUCUCCAACAACAAUGACAUAAAAAUGUCAUCCACAACAAGCAAUAUAUCCCCUCUAGAUAUUUAUUCCAACUCCUACAAACCCAUAAACCCCUUGAUGAUGGGUUGCAAUGUCAAACUACCCCAUCAGUACUUUCCCAUUUCCUCCAACUUUUCUAACAGAUCAUCAGACUACUUUUCUAACCCUAGCUUCGCAUUUUCAUCACCUUCAGAAACUUCAUCCGGACCAGCGGCAAAAUGCACGGUGGAUGUGUCCUCCUUGUUGUUAAACAUGUCAUCCUCAAUGCUCGGAGAUUACAAUGGCAGCAACAACGUCAAGGGCGCCUCUGGAGAAAGUACUAAUUUUGACUUUAGUAUUACUAAUGGAGGCUUUUCAUCGAUGGCAUUGCCACAUCAUCAUGAGGUCAUGCAAGGAAAUAACAAUAACCUUGGCAAUGGCCAUGACAGUAUAACUGGGUUGAUUAAGAACAUUCAAAAUGUGAACUCGAACGUGAUAGAAGAAGGAGACGAUCAACAGUGGGAGACUAGUGGGAGAUCAAAUAUUGGGUUUCCAUUGAUGAGUAGUUUGCCUUUGCCUAUGAAUGUAGGAGGAGGGGAUGCAUGGAAGUCGAGUUUGACGUGGGAGUCUUCUCCAUGUCCGAGUGAAAUGUCCACCACCAGAUGCUACACUUAAACUUGUCACAUAAUUAGAAACAUUGCUUAAUCACUAAUGUUUCUUAGCUUUUUAGUUUUGCUAGCUAUAGGCUAUAGCUCAUCAGUUAAUUAAGUUCGUGUUUGUAGAAUUCUUUUUGCUAAUUAAACUCCAAAGUGUAUGAUUAA